CCUCGCGAUACUUGCGGGGCUAUAAAAUGGUGAUCGGCCCGUUCUCAGUCCUCUUUAAAAUCGGACGGGUGACAACAUGUCUCACCGAAAGUUUUCGGCUCCACGCCACGGGUCUCUGGGCUUCCUGCCCCGCAAGAGGAGUCGCCGCCACCGCGGUAAGGCCAAGAGCUUCCCCAAGGAUGACGCCAGCAAGCCCGUGCACCUGACCGCCUUCCUGGGCUACAAGGCCGGCAUGACCCACAUCGUUCGCGAGGUCGACAGACCUGGAUCAAAGGUGAACAAGAAGGAAGUGGUGGAGGCUGUGACCAUUCUGGAGACUCCUCCCAUGAUCGUGGUUGGAGUCGUUGGAUACGUCAACACUCCCCGCGGCCUGCGUUCCUUCAAGACCAUCUUCGCCGAGCACGUCAGCGAUGAGUGCAAGCGUCGGUUCUACAAGAACUGGUACAAGUCUAAGAAGAAGGCUUUCACCAAAUACUGCAAGAAAUGGCAGGAUGAUGAUGGAAAGAAGCAGCUGGAGAAGGACUUUGCCACCAUGAAGAAGUACUGCCAGGUCGUCCGCAUCAUUGCCCACACACAGAUGCGUCUGCUGCCCAUCAGACAGAAGAAGUCUCACCUCAUGGAGGUGCAGCUCAACGGUGGCACCAUCGCUGAUAAAGUAGACUGGGCCCGUGAGAAGCUGGAGCAGGCCGUGCCCGUCACCACUGUCUUCACCCAGGACGAGAUGAUCGAUGUGAUUGGUAUCACAAAGGGUCACGGAUACAAGGGUGUCACCAGCCGUUGGCACACAAAGAAGCUUCCUCGUAAGACUCAUCGUGGUCUGCGUAAGGUGGCCUGUAUCGGUGCUUGGCAUCCUGCCCGUGUGGCUUUCUCUGUGGCCCGUGCUGGUCAGAAGGGAUACCACCACCGUACAGAGAUCAACAAGAAGAUCUACAAGAUUGGCCUGGGCUACCACACCAAGGAUGGAAAGCUGGUUAAGAACAACGCCUCUACAGAGUACGAUAUUUCCAACAAGAGCAUCAACCCCCUGGGUGGUUUUGUUCACUACGGAGAUGUGACCAACGACUUUGUCAUGGUGAAGGGCUGUGUUGUGGGGACCAAGAAAAGGGUGCUGACUCUGCGCAAGUCUCUGCUGGUACAGACCAACCGUCGUGCUUUGGAGAAGAUUGACCUCAAGUUCAUCGACACCACUUCCAAGUUCGGUCAUGGUCGCUUCCAGACAUUGGAGGAGAAGAAGGUGUUCAUGGGUCCCCUCAAGAAGGACCGAGUCACCAAGGAGGAGACUGCUUAAGAUGUUCAUGGUCGCUGCCAGAAAUGGGAGGAGAAGGUGUUCAUGGGACCACUCAAGAAGGACCGAGUCACCAAGGAGGAGACGUCUUAAAAUCCAAUGUCUCUGCUGCAUUAACUGUCAACAUCAAUGUCGUGCAGUUAUUUAAUAAAAAAACAAAAGAUA